CGUUGCCUCACACAUCGUGGCAAGGAGCCUGGCAAGCCAUGCGCAAGAAAACACGUGCUUCCGCUGUAAUCAUCCACAUUCAGUAAGGCACCAUGGAAAACGACCUAACUGCUAACAGAUAAGUCGAUCAUGGGUUUGACCAAGCAGUAUCUGCGAUAUCAACCUAGUGCUGUGUUUGGUAUUGUAGGAAGUCAGAAAUCUAACCUUGUAUUUCUUGACAUCCGAGGAACUAGAGGAAAGUAUUGUGCAGUUGGAGCCUGUGAGAAUGUCCUUAUUUGGGAUCUACGCACAGGAGAGAAGUUUAGCAUUCUGAAAGGCGACAAACACGAAGUAUCGAUUAUAUGUCGCUGUCCGGAUAAGCGUCAUCUGGCUGUGGGGUACGAUGACGGAACGAUUCACGUAUUCGACCCUACGUCUGGUGACCUACUCAUAACGUUCAGUGGACACAAGUCGGCUGUUACAGCUCUACGAUAUGACCGGCAGGGUCUGCGACUUGUAUCAGGAGCCAGGGAUACUGAUGUGAUUGUGUGGGACAUCGUCAAUGAGUCUGGCUUGUUCAGGUUGAAAGGUCAUAAAGGGCAGAUAACCCAAGUUUGCUUCCUGAAGGAAACUAAUGUGCUGGUCACAAGUUCCAAGGAUACAUUUAUCAAGUUUUGGGACCUUGACACCCAGCAUUGCUUCAAGACGCUGGUUGGACACCGCAGUGAGGUGUACGACUUUGUUCUGUUGAAAAAUGACCAUCGUCUGGUGACAGGCUCUUCUGACAGCGAGCUAAGGGUGUGGGACAUCACCUUUAAAGAGCAGGAUGCUGCAGAUGCUGCUGAGAGUCCAGGGAAGAAGUUGAAGCUGGACACAAGUGAAGAUGAAGAAGAUGAGGAGAGGAGGAGGAAGAAAAUGAACUGCAUCCUCAAGUGCACUAAAGUUGGAUCGGUGAUGCGAUCGGGCAGAGACAGAGUGGUAUCCAUGGUAACUGAUGAAUCAGAAAGUGUACUGGUCUGUCAUGGCAAUGAUGCAAAUGUGGAUGUGUUUACCCUCCCAUCUCAGGAGAAGCUCAAGAAACACCUCGCCAAGAGGGAAAAGAAAGCCAAAAGAAAAUUAAAGGAGCAGGAUGAGGUAGGGAGGUUACCGUGGAGAUCAAUCAAGAUGGCUGCCAAAGUGAGGGCACUUGAUAUUCUUGGGGAAGAAGGCAAUUCUCUGAAGUGCAUGUGCCUGCUCAACAACAACUCCAUCCAAACAUCGACCAUACACAUAGACAACAAGAAGGCUGAGUUGUCUGAUGUCAAAACCCUUGGCCUCCCAGCUCACCGAACCACACCGAGGACGACAUGCUUCAGCUCCGACAACCUGGCCAUAUUGUCAGCCAGCAGCGAGUCCAUCAAGAUCUGGAACAGGGACUCCCUGCAGCCAAUCCGCACCAUGGCGUGUGACUACGCCCUUGCCUCCAUGUUUGCCCCUGGUGAUAGACAUGCGAUCAUUGGCACCAAGAGUGGGAGGCUGCAGAUAUUUGAUGUGUCAUCGGGAUCCUUGCUGGAAAACAUAGAUGCUCACUCUGGUCCCCUGUGGUCCAUCUCCAUGGCCCCGGAUAAGAGAGGCAUAAUGAGUGGCAGCGCUGAUCACAACGUCAAAUUCUGGAACUUCGAGCUCAUUACGGACGAAGAUUCAACAAGCAAACGUCUGACUCUGGACCACAAGAAGACACUGAAGAUGGAUGAGGAUGUGCUGUGUGUCAAGUACAGUCCUGACCAGAAGUUAGUUGCUGCCUCAUUGAUGGACAACACAGUGAAGGUUUUCUUUUCCGACACACUCAAGUUCUUCCUGUCGAUGUAUGGUCACAAGCUCCCUGUGUUGUGUAUGGACAUAUCAUCCGACAGCACGUUGCUGGUGACAGGAUCCGCUGACAGGAACGUCAAGAUCUGGGGGAUGGACUUUGGGGACUGUCACCGGUCUAUAUUUGCCCAUGAUGACAGCAUCAUGUGCAUACAGUUCGUGCCCCGGACUCACCUGUUCUUCACUGGAGGCAAGGACAGGAAGCUCAAACAGUGGGAUGCUGACAACUUCGAACUCGUCUCGACACUCCAGGGUCACCAUGGAGAGGUGUUCAGUCUCAGUAUCAGCUCCAGUGCCAACUUCGAGGUGUCCGGUUCCCAGGACCGGUCCCUCCGUCUGUGGGAGAAGACCCAGGAGGUGUUGGUGCUGGAGGAUGAGCGAGAGAUGGAACGUGAGCAGGAGUUUGAGGAGGCGAUAUCCAAUGAAAUGGAAGCAGUGGUACCAGGGGAGACAACUACUGAGGUCGCUCUCGCUGGGAAGAAAACAGCGGAAACUGUUAAAGCAGCCGAGCGGCUGAUGGAGGCCAUUGAGGUGUACAAGGAGGAGAGUGCCAACAUACAGCUACACAAGGACGAGUGUCGGAAGACUGGGAAGGAGCUGGCUCCUCCCCAACUGAACCCACUCAUCAUGGCAUAUGGAGUUACCUCCCCUACACGCUACCUGCUGGAGGUCAUCAAGAGAAUCAAGUCCAGUGAGCUGGAGGAGGCAUUGUUGGUGUUGCCGUUCAACUAUGUAAUGGACCUGCUGAAGGUGCUGGACAUCUUCCUCCAGGCCGGAUGGGAGCCUGAGCUCUCCUGUCGAUGCCUUCUCUUCCUCCUCAGAGUGCACCAUGGUCAGAUUACCUCAAGCCAGACACUGCUUCCUGUUAUAGACAGACUGAGAUCAAGCACCCUCUCACAGGUUACACAGCUAAGGGAUCAGAUCGGGUUCAACUUGGCUGGGCUUCAGUUCCUACAGAGUCAAAUUGAGAGGUCAGACGAAGUCGUGUUCUUCAAGGAUGCAACAGACAGACUUCGAGAGAAGAAAAGGAAGAAGAAAAAGAAAGUCAUACUUGCGAUCAAAACAUGACAUUGUAUAUUGUUGAAAUAAAUUGUUUUAUUAUGAA